AUGUUGCUCAUCACCAAGCCAUCAGCCACCACAGCUGCCCCUGAUGGGGCCGACGUGUAUUGCAAGUUUAGUGGUUUCACUCAGAAAUUACCAGGAGCAUGGGCUUCCGAUGCUUAUAGCCCUCAGGGAUUAACGCCUGUGGUUUCCAAAGAAGCACCGCCUAGCAUACUUGCCACACCAACUGAACUGAGUUCCAAUUCGACUGCAUAUGAUUAUGCUGGAAAAACAAAGUUCCAGAGACACAAAAGUUUUUUCCAGAAACCCGACGGUGUGCCCAUCCACCUGAAACGAGGCCUGCCUGACCAAAUGCUUCACAGGACCACCAUGGCGCUGAUGGUGGGAGGGCCCAUCUACUGCCUGAUCUCCCUCUACAUGGCCCAGAAACAAAAGAGUUAG